AUGCUACUACUCCUGGUUGAUGAUGAACUGAACUUCCUAAAGAUUGAAGGGGAUCAAGUUAAUUCCUUUCCAGUGUCUUUGAGGCUCCCUCACAUCUUUGUAUUUUGUUUUCUCAUAUCCUCCAGUUCCAACGAGGGUUUUGGGUCUGUGGAAAAGAUCGUGCUGCUAACAUUCCUCUCAGUAGUCAUCCUGAUGGCCAUCCUAGGCAACCUGUUGGUGAUGGUGGCUGUGUGCAGGGACAGGCAGCUCAGGAAAAUAAAAACCAAUUAUUUCAUUGUGUCUCUUGCCUUUGCCGAUCUGCUGGUUUCGGUGCUGGUGAUGCCCUUUGGUGCCAUUGAGCUGGUUCAAGACAUCUGGAUUUAUGGGGAGAUGUUUUGCUUGGUCCGGACCUCUCUGGAUGUCCUCCUUACCACAGCAUCAAUUUUUCACCUAUGCUGCAUUUCACUGGAUAGGUAUUAUGCCAUCUGCUGCCAACCAUUGGUUUAUAGAAGCAAGAUGACCCCUGUGCGCAUCGCAUUAAUGUUGGGAGGCUGCUGGGCCAUUCCCAUGUUUAUAUCUUUUCUCCCCAUAAUGCAAGGCUGGAACAACAUCGGCAUAGUUGAUGUGAUAGAGAAAAGGAAAUUCAGCCACAACUCUAAUUCAACAUGCUGUGUCUUCAUGGUCAACAAGCCCUACGCUAUCACCUGCUCCGUGGUGGCCUUCUACAUCCCGUUUCUCCUCAUGGUGCUGGCCUAUUACCGUAUCUAUGUAACUGCUAAGGAGCAUGCCCAGCAGAUCCAGAUGUUACAACGGGCAGGAGCCACCCCUGAAAGCAGGCCCCAGCCAGCCGACCAACACAGCACACACCGCAUGAGGACAGAGACCAAGGCAGCCAAGACUUUGUGUGUCAUCAUGGGCUGCUUCUGUUUCUGCUGGGCUCCCUUCUUUGUCACCAAUGUUGUGGACCCUUUCAUAGACUACACUGUCCCAGAGCAGGUGUGGACUGCUUUCCUCUGGCUUGGCUAUAUCAAUUCAGGGUUGAACCCCUUUCUCUAUGCCUUCUUGAAUAAGUCUUUUAGACGUGCCUUCCUCAUUAUCCUCUGCUGUGAUGAUGAACGCUACAGAAGACCCUCCAUUCUGGGCCAGACGGUCCCCUGCUCAACCACAACCAUUAAUGGAUCCACACAUGUGCUAAGGGAUGCAGUGGAAUGUGGUGGCCAAUGGGAGAGUCGGUGCCACCUCACAGCAACUUCUUUGGUGGCUGCUCGGCCCAGUGAUACUUAGGCCCCUGGGACAAUGACCUAGAAGACAGCUGUGGCUCGAAAAGAGGCCAGUCCUAAGCUGCUACAUGUGUGUAUGUGGCUGCUCCUGGCACUCUGUUCUCCAAGGCUUUCCAACAGCAUGCAGCAA